AGUGCAACAAUGGCGUUGGUGGAACCAUUGAACAAUACCGCUUAUCGAGAGCCGACAUCUAAGACAUCCUCCUUGCUUGACUCACAUUUCCCGGUAUCCGAUCAACACCAUGGUGGGGAAGAAGAAAAGACGUUAGAGAGUAACAGCACACCGCAGAGAAUCUCACCAAGACUCGAGUCUAUUAGAGCGCCUGGAGAUGUGAAGAAACCGACACUUUCAAGAAAUCAAUCCAACACGACCAACAGCUUGCGCCCAGUUCGUUCACAGCGUUCAUAUGCUGGCCAAGACGGAUACACUUGUUUCAGCGACGAGGAUGGUGCCGAAGGCUCUGAUGGUAUCAAUGAACCAAGCGAUCCUGAGAAGGCGUUUGAAGUCAAGUGGGAUGGCGAAAAGGAUCCAAUGAAUCCGAGGAAUAAGGGCAAAUUGCAGAAAUGGCUCAUAGUCCUGAUCAUUGCAGCAAGCUCACUCUGUGUGACUUGCGUCUCGUCCGGCUAUACAAGCAUCUAUGAGCAGGUUAUACCACUCUGGAGCUCGUCACGCGAGGUUGCCACACUUGGCUUGUCUCUCUAUGUUGUAGGCUUGGGUCUUGGACCCAUGUUUCUAGCCCCCCUGUCUGAGGCAAGUCAAACCUUUGACGAUCAGAACCACAGGUUCUACGGCCGCAGACCAAUAUAUAUUGCGUCGCUUAUAUUCUUCGUCAUCUGGCUAAUUCCAUGUGCCGUUGCCAAUGGGAUGGCUACGAUGCUCGUUUCGAGAUUCUUGGAUGGCGUCGCAGGCUCUGCAUUCUUGAGUGUUGCAGGGGGUACCGUGGGCGACAUGUUCUCGAAGUCUGAAUUGUCAAUGCCCAUGAUGGUCUACACAGCCUCUCCAUUCAUUGGGCCUGAGCUUGGACCCAUCAUUGGCGGUUUCAUAAACCAAUACACGAACUGGCGGUGGACCUUCUACACACUGCUGAUUUGGGCAGGCGUGCAGCUAGGUCUUAUCGUCUUCUUUGUUCCAGAGACGUAUCAUCCCGUGCUGCUUCGUGCCAAAGCUCAGAAGAUGCGAGCGGACACUGGCAAUGACAAAUGGAUGGCGCCCAUCGAGCAUAUGGAUCGAACUAUUGCCCAGACGAUUCUCUGGUCAUGCAUUCGCCCGUUCCAGCUACUCUUCCUUGAGCCAAUGUGUCUCUGUCUUUGCAUACUCUCCGCACUUCUGCUGGGCAUCCUGUAUCUGUUUUUCGGGGCGUACCCGCUUGUAUUCGGGGUCAAUCAUGGUUUCACGCUGUCUCAGACCGGCCUUGCUUUCAUAGGUAUCCUAAUAGGUAUGAUCGCUGGAAUAUCGACAGACCCUCUGUGGCGGCAGUACCGCGAGUAUCUGGUGCGGCAACGGGAGCAGCAGGGAGGGGAGCCAGGCGGAUCAGAACCAGAGUAUCGGUUGCCUCCUACGAUUCUGGGAGCAAUUCUCAUACCAGUGUCGCUUUUCGGGUUUGGUUGGACUACAUAUUCCUUCCUACCAUGUAUGGUCGUGUUAGAGCUGACAGUGUCCUGCAGAAUCAUAUUCGUAUACUCAGGCGUUUUCACAUUCCUCGUCGACUGCUACCCAUUGUAUGCUGCGUCGGCAUUAGCAGCCAACAGCUUUGCUCGAUCAAGCUUCGCGGCGGCCUUCCCAUUGUUUGGGGUGCAAAUGUACAGUAAUCUCGGCUACCAGUGGGCAACGUCACUGCUAGCAUUUCUGGCACUGGCCAUGACACCGUUCCCAUACCUCUUUUAUCGAUUCGGCAAGCGCCUCAGGGGCAAGAGCAAAUUUGCCCAGGCUUGA